UGGGGGCGCGUCGGCGGCGGGGAGUGGGCCCUCGGUAACCGAGGGGUUCGGCGACGCGGAGGGCGGGAGACUCCCGGCCUCCGCGGAAACGAUGGCGGAGGAAGAAGGUGACAGGCCGGGGCCCAGCGCUCCAACUGUCUCCCCAGGGCCAACUAUAGAACUGCGCCAAAGAAAAAGACCAAAGUCUUCAGAAAAUAAAGAAGCUGCCAAAGAAGAGAAAAUUGAUGAUACUUCACUUCCUGAAAGAGCUCCAAAAUAUGUAUUAUUUCAUCGCUUUGCAAAGAUUUUCAUUGGCUGUCUUGCUGCAGUUACUAGUGGAAUGAUGUAUGCUCUCUAUUUGUCAGCAUACCAUGAGCGGAAAUUCUGGUUUUCCAACAGGCAGGAACUUGAGCGGGAAAUCACAUUCCAGGGUGACAGUGCCAUUUAUUACUCUUAUUAUAAAGAUAUGUUAAAGGCACCUUCAUUUGAAAGAGGUGUUUAUGAGCUGACACAUAAUAACAAAACUGUAUCUCUGAAGACUAUAAAUGCAGUGCAACAAAUGUCUCUAUAUCCAGAACUUAUAGCCAGCGCUUUAUAUCAAGCAACCGGUAGCAAUGAGAUGAUUGAGCCAGUAUAUUUCUAUAUUGGUAUUGUUUUUGGAUUGCAAGGAAUAUAUGUUACUGCUUUAUUUGUUACAAGUUGGCUUAUGAGUGGAACCUGGCUAGCAGGAAUGCUUACUGUUGCAUGGUUCAUUAUUAACAGGGUAGAUACAACAAGAAUUGAAUACUCCAUUCCUUUAAGAGAAAACUGGGCACUACCAUAUUUUGCAUGCCAAGUUGCUGCACUUACAGGCUAUUUAAAAAGCAACUUAAAUGCUUAUGGAGAGAGGUUUUGCUACUUGUUGAUGAGUGCUUCAACUUACACGUUUAUGAUGAUGUGGGAGUACAGCCACUACCUCUUGUUCCUUCAAGCAAUAUCUCUGUUCUUGCUCAAUAGUUUCUCAUUGAAGCUAAGUGACAAGGUUCAUGAAGUUUAUAAAAUCUAUAUAUUUUCUCUCUUUCUGGGAUAUUUACUGCAGUUUGAGAAUUCAGCUUUAUUGGUAUCUCCUUUAUUAAGUUUAAUAGUAGCCUUAAUGUUUGUUAAGUACCUUCAGAUAAAUGUGAAGAAAGGAACUUUUGUUGCUAAAAUAAUGAAAGUUAUUAAUUUUUAUUUGGUGUGUGCUCUGACAGUGACAUUGAAUAUUAUAAUUAAGAUGUUUGUUCCACACAAAGAAAAUGGGCACAUGCUGAAAUUCCUUGAAGUAAAAUUUGGACUAAAUAUGACUAAGAAUUUUACAAUGAAUUGGCUCCUGUGUCAAGAAUCCCUGCAGUCACCAUCUCAAGAAUUUUUUUUGCGAUUGACACAAUCUUCUUUAUUACCUUUCUAUUUAUUAGUGUUAAUUAUUUGUUUUCUUUCUAUGAUGCAAGUUAUUUUUAAGAGAACUAAUGGUGAGUCCCUGAAAGAAACUUUUACUAUUGAAGAUGGACGAAUUGGAGAAAGGCCAGAAAUAAUUUAUCAUGUGAUUCACAGUAUUUUAUUGGGUUCUCUUGCAAUGAUUAUAGAAGGUUUGAAAUACCUCUGGACUCCUUAUGUAUGCAUGUUAGCAGCAUUUGGUGUAUGCUCUCCUGAGCUUUGGACAACACUUUUCAAAUGGCUUCGAUUACGAACUGUACACCCAGUACUGUUGGCUCUUAUUCUGAGCAUGGCUAUGCCCACUAUAAUAGGUCUCAGCUUAUGGAAGGAGUUUUUUCCAAGAUUAAUGACAGAAUUAACUGAACUACAAGAAUUCUAUGACCCAGAUACAGUGGAACUUAUGACCUGGAUAAAAAGGCAAGCUCCAGUUGCAGCUGUGUUUGCAGGGAGUCCACAGUUAAUGGGUGCAAUUAAAUUAUGCACUGGAUGGAUGGUAACAAGCUUGCCUCUUUACAAUGAUGAUGAUCUUCUCAAGAGAAAUGAAAAUAUCUAUCAAAUCUAUUCAAAGCGAUCAGCUGAGGAUAUUUAUAAAAUCCUGACAUCUUACAAAGCUAAUUACCUAAUUGUAGAGGAUGCUAUCUGCAAUGAGGUGGGAACCAUGAGAGGCUGUAGGGUUAAAGAUUUAUUAGACAUUGCAAAUGGCCAUAUGGUUUGUGAAGAGGAUGACAAGUUAACCUACUCAAAGUAUGGGCGAUUUUGUCAUGAGGUCAAAAUUAACUAUUCUCCAUAUGUGAAUUAUUUCACUAGAGUAUACUGGAACAGAUCCUACUUUGUGUAUAAAAUCAACACUGUGAUAUCCUUUCAGUCUUGAAAAUAGCAGAGCCCUCAUUUCAAAGACUUAUACCAUCUGAAAUAAAAUGCAGUGUGGUGUGCUUUUGGAAAUCAGAAUAUGGACGUUUGAAGUGCUCCUGCUGCUUUUCCCUCCUGCAAUUAACUGGAUCCAGAGUUCUGUGGGGGGUAGAAGAUUAAGCCUUGCUGUCCUUUGGUAAAAUGUCGAAUCGCACCAUGCUGCAGUAUUCCAGCCAGGAGUUUCCUUACUGUUACAUGGUCUUUAAAGAGUUCACCUUCUGAACUAUUAUAAAAAUUUCCUUAUAAAUCUUCAUUUUAUCAUGACAUUGAUCUUGAAUUUGAAUAUGUUCAAGGUCUCAGUAUAUUUCACAAACAUAACAUUCAAUAUAUACUUAAUGUGAUAUAAUUAUAUAGAACAGAAUUAUUCUUACCCUCAAGGCAGUUUCUAAAGGCAGUUUAUGGUUUAUUAUAGAACUGAAAUGUUACAAUAAAAAACUAAUUUAAAUGUUAGGUGAAAACAUGGCAUUUAAAUUAAAAUGGAAAUGAUAUAAAAGAAAGUGAUUUCUAAGGAUAUAUAUGUAAAGAUAUAUCCAGCUAUUCCAUGAUACUGUUUUCAUUAUCUACUGCUUAUAUAAGUGAGCACUUUCUUAGUAAUAUAUAGUGUAUGAUAUUGCAUUUUAUUAUUUUAUAACUAUUAAGUGAUUAGCGUUGGUUACUUAUGCUCAUAAAUUUGAUACCAAUUUAAUCAUGAUAAAAUAGUAACUCUUGUUACCUAUAUAUUUUUUAAAACAAAUAUUUACAAGAAUGUUCAGGUUUUUAAAAAUAUGGAUAUGGAGCCCUGGCUGGUGUGGCUCAGUGGACUGAGUGCAAAGUGCCCGCCUGCAAACCAAUGGGUUGCCGGUUUGAUUCCCAGUCAGAGCACAGGCCUGGUUUGUGGGCCAGGUUCCCUGUAGAGAGCACGUGAGAGGCAACCACACAUUGAUGUGUCUCUCCCUCUCUCUCUCCCUCCUUUCUCCUCUCUCUAAAAAUAAAUAAAUAAAAUUAAAAAAUAAAUACAAAUAUAGAUAUGAAGUAUACAGUCUAUUCACAUGUUUUCUACUGAAAUAUUAGGUAAAAAUCUUUAUCAUGAUAAAUAGAUGUACACUAAAAUGAGCAACAAUUUCUUGGAGAUAUGUGCAGAUGCUUUUAAACAUACCUCUGCAUACAGAUAUAGUUAUUAUAAAAGUGCUAUUAUUUAUGAAACUGUGAUACAGUCUUCAACAAAAAGAAUGACAAUUAUAAUAAAAUUCACAGCAUGGUUUCACCAUCUAAAUGCUCUGUUCCUUUAAGUUAAAUGUUUUCACAUUUUAAAUCAUUUAUUAAAAGAAAAUCUAAAAUGAUUUAUUUGGCUUUAUAAAGAGAUUCAGGAUAAAUAUGAUAUUUUAAUAAGAUGGGAUGUGUGUUUAGUUUUAUAUAUCUGUUAAGUGAACAGGUUUUCAAAAUUUUCACUUUUUAGAGUGCUGUAAAAAUUGCAGUCACUACUCUAUAUUAGAAGGGAGCAUGUUUCCAGAAUCUUUAUUUUCUGUAAUAUGUUUUAAAAAUUUGAAAGCACAUUCAUUCUUGGACUAACUCUAGGUUGCUUUGCUCUUUUGGAGCUUAAGAAUUGUUCAAUGGCUGUGUCUUAUAUCUGGUGCAAUAGUUUUAUUCGUUCCAUUUCAUGCUUUUAUGUAAUUUUUUUAACAAUUAUAUUAAGAUAGCUGUAGGCAGGAUAUUUCAAGUUCUCUGUACAUCUUAAUAAUGAGUCACUAAUAUGUAGCUUCAAGCCUUAUGAAAAUAUUACCAUAAUUAUCUAAGAACAUAGUGAAUAGUCACAUGGUAAUACUUAUGAUUAGAGCUUGUAAAACAUUGUGAUUUAAAAGUCAGCAUACAUAUUUUGAAAGGGAAAUAGAAUACCCUAUUUUCUAUCUAGCAUGAAAUAUUUAAUUUUUAUUGAUUUACAUUAUGAUCAAAGAUGCUGAAUUAUUAGUUUGUUGUGUGUGGUUCUUUGUUUUAUUUUUGUUUUGACAUAAUAGGUGCUUUUGCUUCUGUCAACUUACUUGUUAAAUAAAAUGGACUUGGAGAAACUUUUAAUUGGAUUUUCUAAGUAAUAAAUUUUUCAUUCAGAAUCAUUUGAAAAGGAAAAUGUGAGCUUUAAUAUAGAAAUAAUAAUACUGGAUAUGAGAGAUAAUAUUACUUGUUUCUAUUUUAACUGUAGUUAAAACAAUAGCACUAGAAAACUGAGGAGCAUUUAAUUAACUUAUUUGUAGAAUAACAAAUAAUUAAGAAGUUUGCAAGUAAUUCUGCUUAUGUAAUUUACAAGUUGUUAGGUUUGACAAUAAAGAUCUCUCUAAGGAGCAACUUUAUGGUCUUUGUGUGGAAGGAAUUUCUUGAAGAAAUACAGAGCAUAUUUUGCCCAUACUGUUGCAAAACCAUUGAAAUAAGUGCCUUAGCUUCUUCAUUUAAAAGUUUAUUUUUAUUUUCCAAAAAGUAUUAUCCAUUUCCUUCUUUCCCAUAAGAAAAUCAUGGUCACUUUUUCCUCAUGAGUAAGGACAAGGGAGUCCUCACCACGCUAUUUUUACUAAUAAGCAAAUCUUUAUUAUGACAGCAAUGGGAUUUCUAGCUUGCUAAAUUCAUUUAUUUAGCUCCCAAAUGCCAAACAAUCCAACAAAUAAAACUUACCUGAUUAGGUAUGUGAUAAGGUGUGUGCUGGUUUAUGUUUUUUCUAUCUUUUGGCAUCUGUAUCUUGGUGCUUUUGCUAGACUUUGGUUUUACAACAUAGGGAGCAUGCAUUGUACUUCAGAACUUUGUUCUUUAUUACUUUGUGUAUACAGACAGCAUGUUUUUUCAGGAUAUUAACCCAAAUCACCAAUUGCCUCCACGUGGUUUUACUCUUCCACAUAGUCCAGAAUGAUUCCAGGAAAAGCAGAAAUGGAUGUCAAAUGUGUUACAAGUUAGGGCUGAAAAUAUAUUCUAAAAAUGAUGAAUUUC